AUUGGGCACGCCGUUACUGUUGGGUGGAUUUCUGCGCUACUUCCGGAAAGGUUCGGUAGAAUUGUACGAGACCGCCAUAUGGUUUGGAGCUGGAAUAUGUAUCGCGAUCGGCAUGAACGUGAUAAGCAAUUCUCGGAUGAUCUACGGAUCUGCCCACAUGGGCGCCAAUGUUCGCGUAGCUGUCUGCUCCGUGAUAUACAGAAAGGCUCUGCGUCUGAGCACAACCGCGCUGGGCGAGACAGCACCCGGAAAAGUGAUUAAUUUAGUGGCCAAUGAUGUUAAUAAGUUUGAUUUCGUCUUUUUCUUAUUUCAUCACCUGUGGUCGGCACCUCUUUCCACCCUAAUCGUGGCUUAUAUUCUUUAUCAUGAGGUCGGCUAUGCCGGUCUCAUCGGCAUCGCC